ACCAAACCACCCUCCGUCCCUCCCCUUAAGACACACCACCACCCAAUUCCCCCCUCCCUCGCCUCGCCUCUCAGCUCCGCUUCGCUUCCGGCCAGCACCUUACCCUAACCCUCCGCAAAGCCCUAGCCUCCCCCCCUCCUCCUCCGUCCGCCACCAUGGGCAAGGCCGACGGCGAUGCCGAGUUCAAGGCCGCCGGCAAGAGGAAGAAGGCCGGAGGCGCCGGCAAGCCCAAGCGCGGCCUCACCCCCUUCUUCGCCUUCCUGGCUGAGUUCAGGCCGCAGUACAUGGAGAAGCACCCUAACACCAAGGGCGUCGCAGCGGUGACCAAGGCUGCUGGGGAGAAGUGGCGCAACAUGUCGGACGAGGAGAAGGCACAAUAUGGGGGCAAGAAGCCGGAUGGCCAAGAGAGCAAGCCCGCAGCCGCGAGCAAGAAGAAGGAGAGCACUAGCUCUAAGAAAGCUAAAACUGAUGGUGCGGAACAGGAGGGAGAAGGUUCUGACAAGUCCAAGUCUGAUGUUGAGGAUGAUGAGAAUGAUGGCAGUGGCGAGGACGAGGAGUAAAUAGUAGCUUAGGGAGCAGCAGCUAUGCAAAUCGGUGUUCACUGCUUAGGGCUUAGCUUGCUAUGUUACUGUUGUCCUUGUAUGUCGUGUUGUAAGGAAAACAUUCGGAUGAAAGUACUCUUGGGCUGUGGCAUGCUGGAGGUCUCUGUUUAACUAGUAGCGAAGAAAAUGCCGAAUACUGUUGACUGCUUUUCUUUUGCCAACCUCCGCAGCAUGUGUAAACUAUUUUGCUUAUUCACUGAUCUGAUGACUAGUCCGCGAUUGGCGUGCUGUUAAUCGCAUCCGCCGUAUUCAUAUUCUGUCCUGUACCCAGUUUGUGCUCUUAUUGGUGCAUCUCUGGUUA